CCUACCAAACAAAUCAUGUAUUCGCCAGAAUUGGUUGUCAUUUUGGCCAUCUCUUCUUCUAUCGCAGCAGUAAUGGGAUCGUAUAACAUCUGCCCGGCUCAACCAGCUGUCAGCUGUUCUUGCCCGUCACAGUGGCAAAUGUGGCACUACGUGUGCUAUCGCAUCACUCCGUCACCGCAUAGUUGGGAUGACGCCAAGACAAAAUGCCAAGAUUUGGGAGGCAAGAUGGCCGCUCCUCGCUCGCUGGAAGAAAUGAAGUUCAUGGUGGACUUGGCCCGAAAGCUGGACAGUAACUACCAUGUCUGGAUUGCUUGCACUGACAAGGAAGCGGAAGGAACUUGGGAGUGUGACGGCCAGGAAGGAAGAGAGCCCUUCCUGGAAUGGAGUGCUAAGCAACCAGAUGAUUUCCAAGACAAUCAAGAUUGUGCAUACAUAUUUGGAUAUUUUAAUGACAAAAUGGAUGACGGUUCUUGUUCUGUGAAUCAUAAGGCAGUAUGUGCUCAUCAGGCGGCUUGUCCUCACCACUCAACCCAACCCCGUCGAUACUGCCUCUCUACCGACACCCACGGCCGCAUUCUCAACUCAACCUGCCUCCUCGACCACAGCAUCCGGGAGUUUAUCACCGAGGGCGUGGUCGCCUGUGGCUCAGCCUGCGCCAAGGAGCCCGGAUGUCGCUCCUUCAACAUCAAGAAAAGCGAAAAAGGGAAGAAAAUCUGCCAGCUGAAAAACAGCACAAGCUCCGAAGAUAAGGACAAGUUUCAAAACACCGAUUAUUUCUGCAUGUACUCAGAAGUGUGCAUCGGCUAGUAGUAAUGAUAAUAGGGAAACAUUCUCGGUGAUUUGCAUUGUAGUUUAUAAACUUGAGCUUGAAAUAACUGGAAGAGACAGAGAUAUGCUUCUUGCGAGGACAAACCAUUUGUGAGACGUUAUUUUGUACAACAAGAUUUCAGGACAAAAAA